CUGCAGACGGACAGAGUCGAGUGCAGCAGUGAGCACCGCUGCUGCCACACCAGCAGUAGUACGGACAUCAAUAGACUAUUACUAUCGCAGAACUGUUACGGCCACAGAAGUAGCUGGAGUGAUCAUAGAGUCGGCUGAUCGUCCAUAGAACACAAUACGCUUGCUUCUGUGUGGCGUGAUUGUGUGACUGAAGAACUGUGGGACCGUGGCAGGAUUGGUCGGAGAGCAGCAAACAGUUGUCCCUGCCGUCGGGUCCGAUGAUAACUGCGAUAGCCUGAAGAAGUGGUGCCGGCUUGUGGCUUUUUUUUCGUUCUUCUUCCCACUAGCACCCCAUUCCCCCCGGGGUCGUUAGUAGAUUGCCACGAGCGUAAAAUCGGUUCGUAUUUUUUCAUUCACUGUGAGUAGCUAUCUGAGUAAUUUGCUAACUGCUUUAGCGGGUGCCCAGCUGCAAGAAUUCCAUCCGUUCUAAAAUAGCGUAACCCGGCCGUAGGAACCGAUCUUCGACCAUAGAGUGUAUUGGACUACCCCACCGGUGCCUGUUUACCUAUCUUACGAUAGUGGAUAGCUGCUGAUCGACCGAACCGCGGCUGGUUGCUGGAACGACGGAUGACAUAACCUACUCUCGUUGUCGGAUUUUGGUGUCAACAAACGUUGCGUUGAUGUUUGUUUGGCGGCAGGACAACUGUGCAUUGUCUAUUUGGCCGCGUUGUCGAGGUGCAGCACCGUAACAAAUGUUCAGUCGAAAAAAAAGCAGCGAACUUAAAACGCGCAACGAAUAAGCCGAGACACUUGCUGCUCUCCUCCGGCGGCGAUUCUACGUCACACGCGCUAAACCGGACUAACUCUUCGUUUUUUUCCCUUCGUUUCAGUUUUUUCCCUUCACUAUGCACUUCAAUGCACAGUACUCAGUUGUUCCAUAAGCUGGCUGGUUAGUCUAAUUUAGAGCGUAUUUGUGUGAGAUAAAGCGAAUAAAGAAAAUCAAAGAGGCAGAACCUUGCAACUACGAGGUCUGGAGUAAGUGGAGUUCGCUGUGUACGUAGCCUUGGAUAACGCAAGGUCUUUUCGUGCCUUUCUUCGUGAGAAACCUCUCCAUUGGCCUUUACAACUAUGAUCGCGUGCAGAAAGUAAUAGAAAAGACCAACUUCUGCAGCUAUCUACUUGGAAGUGUCGUUUGUUCUACUUGGUAUCUAUAUAGUAAAGGUUUCUGUGUGUCACCAAGCUACCGGAGAAGGAACUCCCUUCAUUCUGGAGUUCACUGAAUUAUUCUUAAGGAUUCUUCAAUUGAGUUUAACGGGGAUACUUCUUUUUCGUGAAUUUUGAUUCGGAACACUUUAGUCGGAUGUACUACGGCCAAUGGUGUCUGAUCUUCUCAGCUUUACCACGAAAUCGGCUUGUAGAGAGUGCCAUUUCAAGCAUUGUGGCCCAUUAUACAAAAACAACUUCACCAACUCUAAUAUCCCCCAUAUAAGGAAUAACAAGUAUCGGACGUACUGGCUGAACUUGCAACAAAAGUACAUAUGUACGUCUGUAAGUUUGUUCCAAUGAACCAUUAACUAGCAAAUUGUAAAAAGCACUAGGUGACGGGUUACCAGUUCUACAACGGACCACCAUCUCUUCUAUAUAUUGCUGCAUAUAAAUUGUGUAUGCUCUGUGUCUUCUAUACAAUCUACUAACGAACGAGACGCGCCUCUGGCCGAAACCUCACCGUUGCAAUGGGCAAAGUACACUGUGAGUUGUGCAAAAAGAAGUGCUCCGGCAAUGCUCUACGAGUGCAGGAGAAGUAUUUCCACGUCGAGUGUUUCAAAUGCGCACAAUGUGGUUCGUCUCUAGCGCAGGGAGGCUUCUUUUGCAAGAAGGGCAAAUACUAUUGCAGCAAAGAUUAUCAGCGACUGUUCGGCACAAAAUGCGAAGGUUGCGGAAAAUUUGUUGAAGGGGACGUUGUCACAGCUCUUGGCAACACGUACCAUCAAAAAUGUUUCGUAUGCGCACGAUGCAAACAGCCAUUUCCGAGUGGGGAGAAAGUUACGUAUACAGGAAAGGAGUGCCUCUGUGUCAGGUGCAUCCAGAUCCCUGUGAAGAGCGAACCGAGCCCCAUAGCGGAGUCCCGGGGCGAUUGCGCUGGAUGUGGGAAGGCUUUGGUUGACGGCCAGGCACUCGUGGCAAUGGAUAAACAAUGGCAUAUUUUCUGCUUUAAAUGCACCAUCUGUUCACAGCUCCUUCAUGGAGAGUAUAUGAGUAAAGAUGACCAGCCCUAUUGCGAAAAAGAUUAUCAGACACGGUUCGGUAUUAAGUGCGCACACUGUCAACGUUUCAUAACAGGAAAAGUACUUCAAGCUGGCGAUGAUUCACAUUUCCAUCCCACGUGUGCUCGCUGUUCAAAAUGCGGAGAUCCUUUCGGCGAUGGGGAAGAAAUGUACCUCCAAGCUGGAGCAAUUUGGCAUCCUCGCUGCGGACCCCGACCGAAUGGCGAAUGCGAACAUCCAGAUGCUGGUUCGCCGGGAAGCAGUUCACGAUGUGAAACGCCACUCAAUAGUUCAGCCUCGAUCCCUCUCCACCAUUACGAGUAUUCUAUACAGGAUCGUUCGACGACGCCAAUGCUGAAUGAUCUUUCCCGUGUUUACGCCUGCUCGUAUCUAACCCAGGGUCCGAGUCUGGGUUACCUCCGCCGGCCGUUACAACCGAACCCGCCAAAAUCGCCUAACUUUCACCAGCCACCGCAUCAUGAGCGAAAGGUCUAUGGCAGGAUUCACAUUAACAAACAAGGCAUGCAAGUUUUGGUCGACAGCCUUGCGCACACUAGCGAACGCGUGAAGUCACCUCAUAUGAACAACGAAGAGCCCAUUGAGCUUUCCCUUUACCCUGACGCAAAAAGACCUCUUAAAAAGCAGAUCACGCCAAUUGAGCGCGAUGAUUUCCCUGCUCCGCCGUAUCCCUAUGCUGAUCCAACGGAACGAGUACGACGAAGUUCUGCUGGUUCAGAUAUGAUCGAAAAGGAGGACCAGAUAGACAUGGCCGCGGUGCCCAUGGAUCCCAAACUCAAAAAGGAGGAACUAGAGCUGGAGAAAAUUUCCACGGGUAUCGGCGGUGUAUUCCUGAAGACAGUAAAGGAACGCGAGAAGGCUCGAGCAUACAAGAUGACCCACAUGGACCCACGGAAUGCCUCGAGAGUUCCCUCGGCUUCGCGAGAAAUAGCCACCAACUUGAGAUACGACAACCCCGUGAACGCCUCUCCCUCCCGUGAUCUAGACCGACCACGGCCGUGGGAGUUAGACCCUGAUUUUGAUCGAAACUCAAUUCUUCGAGGAUCUGCUCGACCCCACGAUGUCCACAUAAACUACAAUGUCGUAUCUUCGCUACAUCAGCCACCAAAACCGGGCUAUGGAUUAAGCGCUAAAUCGGCUACACUACCAGCGAACGCUUCGCAUCAUUACUCCAAUCAAAUGACGUCGCAUUCGGCAAAUCCGUUCAAAACCACAACUUCAUCUGAGUUUGGUUCUGAUCGUUCCGACGCAAUGUCAAUUGCAUCUUCUGAUGUACGGAGCAAAUCUGCAAUGAAUCACUCAAGAAGCGGCGAAGGACAGGCAUUCUGCGGCAUGAGGCAUGCAUCGUACUCGCCCCACCUUCGGCGUUCAAUGCCCAAUGUGAAUUGGCACAUGUCUCAAGAUCCUCCUCGUCUUUAUCCGUAUCACCUUCUCUGCACUGCCAAUUACCGACUACCGUCGGACGUCGACCGUUGCCACCUCGAGAGACAUCUCUCAAAUCAGGAGUUUGAGCAGAUUUUUCACAUGGAUCGACUGCAGUUCUACCGGCUUCCGGAGUGGAGACGCAAUGACCUCAAGCGUCGAGCGCGAUUAUUCUAAGCGUUGCGGUGAUCAUGGGCGCCAAUUGGAAAACACGAUAGUAUGUCAGGGCCAGUUGUUUUUGGCAAGAAACGAGUUCGAGAUGUACAUGCGUUUGUCAACGGCGACGACGAUGGUGAUCAUUUAACACAUAUUAUAACACUCCAUCAAGGUUUCACGAGGAGUGACAAGAGCGCGAUGGCACACGUUGUUACACACCGAAUGCAUGCCGCUAGCAUGAAAUGCAGUGGAUCGGCCACUUGGAUAAGAAGAAAGGAAAAAAUAGAUCGAUCGUAGAUCGAUAUAUUCACAAAUACGAUAACGUAAGAUCAGUUCUUCUAAACGUCACACAGGACCGUAUGUUCCACACGCUCCGCUACCCCGGUUCUUUUGGAAAUUGGAAGAUUGGUUGUUCCAUAAUAUACCUCCAAGAAUGAAGCUGAGGUCAAACAGGUACGUGUACGUACCAUGUUCACCAGCCUAUCCGAAAAUUUAUGCCACCUAAGCCGCUGCGUCGAAGUUGCACCUGUGCUAACAAUGAGCAAGUUCCCCGGGAAAUGGACACAUUAAAGCCGCAGAAAGGAAAGAGGCAAUAUAAGCCCCCGGUAAGCAGCAGCCUUGAAGACUGUAUCGAAAAGGAACGUGCGACGUAAACAUAGGUUGGUCGCUUGAAUUUUGUCUCGGUAGAUUGUGCGCAGGUCGUGAAGGCGUUACAUUCACUCUCCGGUGACUGUUUCUGCUAGAGUAUAUAUAAGUGUACCUAGAAAGCAGUGCAGUGCCCUAAUUUGCCAGACGAGAAUGAACGACAACAAACCGCAAAGAUGAGAAGCAGACGAAAUAAAUGUGAGGGAAUAACUAAACAGAUGGCGAGAAAGAUAAACACGGCGAUUUAGCAGACGAUCCGGACCUCAUGGUGAUCCCUCAUUAUUUAAUAGGAUAAUGAAUGUCGGUUAGAUAGUUACAAAAAUCAGUAGUAGUUAAAGGGAGGGACGUGAGGGAGGCAGCAGAGAAAAAGGGAGAACGAGAACAACACAAUGCACAUAGCAAAAAAUAACAGAAAAGAGACUAAUAGCAACAGAAAAUCGUCGCCGCCCGCCAGACGUGCCUCAUAUAAUAAUUACAAUUAUAAGGAUAAUAGGAAUAGUAUAGUGUAGUACAGCUAUAACUAGAUGUAACCGUCGCGAUGACUAUAAUUAGUAUUACAAUUAUUAUCUUGUGACUUGCAACUCACUUUGGUGCACAUUUCGAAAGAUUACUACUAUCCGCUGUGUCUUCAGAGGGUUUUCGUGUUACGCCCACCGUUAUCAAAAAGCUCCUUAAUGCAAAUUACUACUGUUUUUUAAACGAAGAGUAGAAUUUUUAAAGUUCGAUACUGUUUCGGUCUCCUCUGUUCAAUACGGCGGUAUAUAGGAAUAAUAAGUAUAUUUCCGAACAUUCUAAAACGUCGCCGUAGAGCUGCAGGGUCUGUGUUGUCGAAGACCUUUGGUUUUUUUUUGGUCGAUGGAUUCAGGAUUUUAUCUACAGUACGAAAAUGAUCAAGAUUGCUUCUCCCCGCUCUGCGUAACCUUGGUUUUAAUUUCUGUCGCAUGUUGAAAUGGGGGAGACCAAAUGCAAUUCUUGUAAUGUUGUAUUUAUUUAUUCAAUAAUUCGUUACGGUCUUAUUUAUUGAACAUGUAUUUAUUCGAUGUCGCUAACUAUUCCACAACAAAUAUUUAGCCUGAAUACACACGCCGUAUUUAUUACUUGCGUUAACAUUCAUCUGGCGGAGUGUUUGGCCAAUUACAAGGAUGGCGAUGAUGUGUCCUAAGAUUUAUUCUGUGUACGCGAAAAAAGCUUCGCCGAGCUAAGCAUCGCGCAAAUGUUGAGCGAAUAUUAAAAUCAACUGGAGACAUUUGGAGCCUAAUGCUCCACCAAAAACGGACUGUUAUCUUCAUCGCUUGCAACAACAACAACGGCACCUGCAUUUACGAGCAGAAGUACCAAACCUCAGCGCUUUUAAAUCGACACAUACAGCAACUCAAGUGUAUGACUUCAGGCUCCAGUGGAGCCAUUUGCGCACCCUCACAAUUCUAUGAAGAUAUAACCAAAUGAGGGCAAACAAAUUUAGCACUUACUCUAACGAAUCCUGUCGAAUCGUUCCGGUUUGAUUGUCAUUGAUAAUAAAUUAAGUGACCGAUGCCUCGGUAGCGCAUGGCCUAGAAUUUAUUAAAGAGUGACCACGAAUUUACCCAUUCCUUUACCUCAUAUUGUGCAAUCUACCGACUCCUACACGCUUAGUAUAGUAGUAUUUAGCUUUGACUCAUGCCACACAAAUACGUAUAUAUACACACACACACACACAACACACACACACACACAAGACACACACACACACAAGGGCAACAAUUCCUAUGAAGACUUUCUAAGGGAUUGCAGGCGAAUCAGAGAGUCAUUUUUGUUAUACGCCCCACACUGCAUCCGUCUCGUUGAGGGAAGCGCAGCCAGUUGUUAUGCCGUAAGGCCGCCUACAUAGAUGUACACAAAUAUAUCAAACACAUAUAUUUAUAUAGAUUUACCCUUGGGACUCCUGCCCCAUCUGGGUCGUUCGAUAUAGCGGUCGGGUGUGCACACAACACAAACAUGUAGAAACAGCUUCGUCCGUAAGUUGAUGAAACUGGAAAGAUCACUGCCAGAUCAGCGCGUCACGUUGUUGUACCGCCCCGUUGUGUAUUCAUUCUUCAUAAUUCGGUUAUAUAUAUUUAACUUCCUUUCUUCCCAGUAAGUUUUUAUCGGCUUCGUUUGCUUUAUGUCACCACAUUAGUAUGUGCCUAUUAUGUAUAUGUGAUCUCUUACGCAAGAAAUGCCGGUUCAAGUCUUUGACAGUACAGGAUUUUUUCUGCAUUUAAUUUGUUGAUUGUUUUUUUGUUUUAAUAUACUACAAUAUUGCAGUAGUCAGAAUAUCCCGCGUCGCUUUUGUACCGAGCAAUACAUUUAGUUCCGUGUUCGUCGAAUUUGAGUUGGCCGAUCACAGCGAUGUUUAGGACUUACAGGUGACUACUAGGGCGUAGGGCGUUUAUCCACCUCUGCAAGUGUCCUUACUGCUUCUUGAGUAACGAGUAUGUAUGGAACACUAAACAUCAGACAAGGGAGCAGGUCGCGCGCGGACGUUUAAGAUCAUGUCGCCCCGUCCGUUUUCGUUGGUUUUUCCUCUGACACAUAACGGUUUGUGUGAACGGUUUUGUCUAUCACACGCGAUUGUAGGAUAGCAUGCGUGCAAUUCGUCAAAACGUAAUGGAGUUAGCUACGGCAUUUGACGCCGAUCGCGGGCCGUUCCCGUAGUGCGGUUAGCUUCUUUCUUUUCAAGCAUAUGAAGAAAAUAAGAGUAAGCAAACUUGACACAUCGAUCUCUGUUCGUCCGAGCUGCCUGUGGACAACAACAUUUCCGUCAGCUCACGCAUUGAUACUAGCAAAAUCGAUAACAGGUUAUCAAUCCAAGAUCAGCAUUAUUUAAAUCAUCAUCAGCAGACAGCUAUGCGGCAUUGAAUUACACGUAGCUAUCGUACAGAGCGUAGGUACACUCACUAAACUUGAGGUAUUGUCUCGAAAGUAGGAAAUUUCGUCGGCUUUGACAUCAAGGCCUGCGAUACAAAUCGGCCACAACAACAAUGGCAACGAAACACAACAGGAUGCGCAAUGGAAGUUAUUUGCCAACAGUGAUCUUAGAUGUAACAAAAGUGACAGGCCGCGUGGCGUUAGCACCCGACGAGAAGAAGAGUAACUUUCGUACCAAACUGUCGUUUUGAUGAGCGUUCGCCAUUCUCCGUGUAUCUACUUUAUUUCUCCUAGAACUGUUGAACGUAUGCAAAAGAGGAGCAGUAAAACGAAGCCAUUCUUCGACGCACAUAGAAUGGCACUCAGGCGUUGGAAGAUGCCCAGAAAAAACGUAACUUGCGUAUGUUUGGUUUAUGAUGGCCAACUGAUAAAAUGAAUAAAAGGAACGAGUUAGUUGUAGAAACAUCUUUAAAUAUUAACGGUGCAUAGCGGUAUAUGGUGUAGGUGAAUUAUUAAUUCAGUAAUAAAAUGGCUAGUGAAGUUAUUAAGGCGGUGUUAAUGCUGCUGCUGUUUCGCCAUAAUCCAGAAAAGCAGCGGCAAAAACAUAACACACAGUUUAUACACAAAGAAAUUUCUUGGAAAUUUACGAUAAAUCAAGUGAACAGGCCAAGCAAAACACUGACAGUUAAAGAAUUAAUCUAAUGGGUUAGUUUUAUCGACAGGCACGCGUUGCCGAAAUCGAUGAGAACAAUACCGAAAUAAACGAAUGUAUCGUAAGUUAAUUGAAGUUGCGAAUGUCUUUUAGCAAGAGCCUCUAAAUAUUUAAUACCGUCUUGCUAAGCGACGAGCGAAAGAAACUGCAACUGUUUUCUUCGUUUAGCCUUUCUUGGGCAAAUACACUGCGGAAAAAUAAACUCCAAAGGUAGUGUUGGGUAGACUCAGCACAACUUCGAAAGGCUUCGACUAGCGUCCGAUUAUGCCUAUCCCCCCCCCCACCCCCCGACCUUGCUAACAACAAAUUGAGAAAAAAAAUGGAUAUACGUUAAUGAUAUCUAGUAUGAUAUAUGGGAAUUAAAUGACAAAUUUACAGCAACGGCAAUGGUGUAAGAGGCAAGUGUUACGCACGAAAAAGCAACAGUGAUUUACUUAUUGAGAGCGAUGCAUAAUUAUAACGAUAUUAAUAAUAAAAAUAAUAUACCCGGACAAAAGUGCAACUAUAUUAACCAAAUACUAUUAAUUACUACAAAUGACAAGACACAGGUGCGUAAUGAGAUAAUAUAAUAAACACUCAUAAAUGCGACACUUCACAAAAAAAAUGCAUGACAGUAUACACACAAAUAAACGGUAUAAGGAAUUGACUAUUAUUAAUGCGACCAUUUAAAAAGAAAGGUUUGCCCAGCUGUUCUACAGUCCCACUGAAGUCACCCGAAGUACCGAAAACAAAAACGAACGCCACGUAAACUUGCACCAGUGAAUUACCACGAGGUUAUGUUAAAUCAUCAUCAUAUUAUCCUUGAUACUUACAUAAGUACUAUUAAUUAUAUAUACAUACAUAUAUAGCGGGGUAGGAAAGAGAACAGCGGGUGAGGGAGCAAUCGCCACAGCAGCAGGAUCAAGCGUCUAUUAAAAUCUAAGCUAUCUAUUAAAAUACCGUUGAAUUUUAAAUUUAGCUUUUGUUUAUGUACAUCUCAAGGAUAUUCGCAGCACCAUUUCUAACUUAAAAUUUAUAACUGGCAACGAUAUGUAAGCAAUUGGUCGGAACACGCAACGCGUUAUAGUAAGAUAGCGACAGCGUGCAAUUGCACGAACAGGAGAGAGCCUUGUGAGGAACAGCUGGGGCCUAGAACGAAGAAAAACGGGCGGCAUCUCCUGAGCUUUGGAAAUACUAGAAAACGUGUGCAGAAUGCUAAUAUACGAUGACCAUAAUGCCGAUGAUGAUGACAUUGGACUGUCGAAGGUGAAUGAGACGUAAGCAACAAUAGAUAACUCGGGGGAGCAGAUGACGAUUAUAUUAUUACUGCAAUGAAAACCAA